AUGGCAUCUGGGAGAGUGGCUCUUAUAACAGAAUUUAUCUGGCUGUGUUUGGUUGGAAGUCUUUGUGAUCAGAAUGUCUACCCUAAAGUGGGCACCCUCUUUGUACACAAACUGGAUGCUGAGGAUUACCAGCAACAAUUCCUGAAUAAAUCAGGUAAUGAGCGAACUCAACCUAUUUCCUUCCGCGCUAAUUUGGAAGGGUUCCCCGACUUGCCUGGAUGGCUGCGUUAUACUCAGCGCUCCCCAUGGCACAGUGGAUAUUUGUACGGCUCCCCAACUAGCCCAGAAAAACACAUCAUAGAGAUCAAAGUAUAUAAUAGACACACAUUUGAAAUGCUUCGAGAAAAGAUCGUUUUCCAUAUCCGUUCUGCAGAUGAUGUGCCGCCGCCGUAUCGAGCUGAGUUUUUGGUGGAAAACAUGGACGUGGAGGAGAUGCUGCCCCCAGAGGCUCAGCACAGCUUCCAGGUUCCCUUGCAGGCUAUCUGGAACACCCAGCGUCUGUCCAUCAUUAAUAUCACAUCAGCUCUGGACAAGGGAGGACGGGUCCCGCUCCCACUUCCAGGACGUAAAGAGGGGGUCUUCAUAAAGGUGGGAUCUGUUAUCCCUUUCUCAGAGUGCAUGUAUGACACCCAGAAUCUUCAGACUCGACAGCAGUGCCAACAAGGGCAGAAGCCGGUGCUGUGUCAAGAACUUUUGCCAAAUGACUUUGUCAUAGACUGGUGCAAUGUGACAUUGGUAAGUAGCAGAUCCUCUCCGAUACCUUUGCAAACGCCCCCCACUGCCGCCAUAACCCUGGAUUUUGAAGGAGACUUUAAUCCACCUCCUGACACCCUGGAGGAAACCAACUACAUCCCUGAUUACCUUCUCACCUUUCUACUUCCCACCCUCAUCGCCCUUCUGCUGUGUGCACUGCUCUCUUAUAUCAUGUGCUGCCGUAGAGAGGGGGUAGAGAAGAGAGACGACAAUACAGCUGAGCUUCAGUUGGUCCACCAACAGUCCAUCUUCUCCAACACGGAAGAGCUUCGGAAGAUGGCCGCCUCUCGUGACUUUCCACGACCACUCUCCACGCUGCCCAUGUUCAAUGCUUGCACCGGCGAGGGGACAUCGCCAAUGGAUCUGGCAGGUGACAGUGCCCGUGUGCCUCUUAUCCUGGCCCAGCAGUAA